AUGCCGACCACAACGGUUGUGCGAGGUGGCAGCAGCAGAAGCGCGGGCGUCGGUGUUGGCGUCGGCAGCAGCGGCGGCAGCGGAAGCAGCGGAAGCAGUGGAAGCAGCAAUUUAGACCCUGCGCUCUUCCGCCAAGUGCUCGUCGCCGCGGCGGGCAAUUUCCUCGAGUGGUACGAUUUUGCAGUGUAUGGAAUAUUCGCGUCCGACAUUGGCAACGCGUUCUUCCCACCCGAGGACAGCCCGACGACCGCGCUCAUCAAGACCUAUUCAAUCUUCGCGGGCGCCUUCUUCAUCCGGCCGCUCGGCGGCAUCUUCUUCGGGCACAUUGGCGACACGCUCGGGCGCGAGGUCGCGCUGCUCUUCACCAUCAUGCUCAUGGCGACGCCGACGCUCGUCAUCGGCUUGCUGCCCACGUACACCGAGAUCGGCAUCGCGUCGCCGCUGCUCCUCGCGCUCAUGCGGAUGCUGCAGGGCCUCGCUGCGGGCGGCGAGCUGCCGGGCGCACUCGUCUACGCGGUCGAGUCGGCGGGCCCGCGCCAUCGCGCGAUGAUGGGCGCCCUCUGCCAAGCGACUGGCGUCGGCUCCCUGCUCGCGAGCCUCGUUGCGGCCAUCCUUCACUGGAUACUCGGCGACACGGCCGUGCGCGAAUGGGGCUGGCGCGUGCCGUUUGUCUUGGGCGCGGGGAUUGCGGUCGUGGCCUGCUUCCUCAGGCGGAACUUCAAGCCGACGGCGCCGUUUCUCGAAGCCAAGGCGGCCGCCGCGGCGAGCACGCCACGCCGCGUUGGCUGUUGCGCGUGGCUCGCGUCGCUGCCGCUCGCAAAGACGAUGCGCAGCUCCUGGCGCUCGGUGCUGCGCAUCGUCUGCGCAUCGCCGCUCGGCAUGGUCGGCUUCUACGGCUUCUUUGUCUUCAUUCCAUCAUGGCUGCGGCACACGCGCCUCUUCGACGCGGCCUUCGCUCUCAACGUGGCGGUGAUGCUGCUCUGGGCGUGUGUCGUCGUCGGAGGCGGCAUGCUCGCAGACAGGACGCCGCCAACACGCUGCUGCACGCGUUGCAGCGGGAGCGGCCGGCCGUGCUUGGCGCUCCACGGCAUCCCUCUCGUCUCCGUGCUUGGCGCUCUCGCGGUGGCCGUCAUCGCGCCCUUCCUCUUCAUUGCGCUCAAUGCCGAGUGCCAGAGCGUAGACAGCGCA